AACCUUCAUAUUGAUAUGUCCUCCAAGCAGCCGCCUCAGUUUGCCACUUUUUCAUCGGCCUCCAUGCCUUCGCCAUCCACACCGGCCUUUUUUACCUCGGCUUUCUUGGAUUCUUUAAACGAUAAUGCAGGGGACAAUGGUGUCACCGCAGCCCACAAUACUCAUGACGCAUGCAUCACCAGAGAAUAUGUUGAAUGAUAUCAUGGCUGAAAGCGAAGACUUCGUGUUUGACAACCAUCACACCGUAACGCCUUCCGCUCUAUCGUCUGAUAACCCGUUUUAUCAACAGUCCGCUUCUUCCUUUUCUGACCUUAUCAUGCAACAAGAUCAGCAACAGCCUGUCUCACAAUCACUGCAUCGUGGCUCUACUAGCCGUUCCUCAACGUCGUCUUUAGCAAGUAACUUGCAGCAACAACAUAUUGGUGGUGCUAAUGAUAUGGGUUUUGCUGCUACCAUGGAUUUUGGGAAUGGAGGACGAAAAAUGUCCAGACUGCAACAAAUUUCUCCUCCAGCUUCUCCUACGCAUUCUUCUUCCCUAUCAAAUACAUCUUCUUCUCCAUCUCCGCCAAUCACACCAAUGCUUCAUCAACAGCAACAACACCAACAAGCUUAUCAGCAAGCCUUUCACGACGGACCGACUUUUCAACAUCCGACUAUUCCCGAAGAAGACGACGAAGAUAUGCUCUUGAAUCAAGCGGACUUUGCUGGCUACCUGCAGCCUAAUGGAUUGGAUGAUCCACUUAAAUCAAAGAAUGGCAUCGUAUCAGCUCGUUUGCUUCAGAGUGCUAAUGUUGCCCUGCUUCGACCUUUGAUUCGUCACUAUCUUCAAUCUCCCAACCCAGCGGCUUCUGGCGAGCGAACUGUGGUUAUUCUGACGAGCAAAGUGGCCCAAAAGAGCUAUGGAACUGAGAAACGCUUUCUUUGCCCACCUCCUACAACGCAUUUGAUCGGUGGCAGCUGGUGGACACAACAAAUGUCCGAUAAAGAUAGUGGUCCAGAGUCCCCGCCAUCCGUGACCGUCAGUGCUCCUAGUAUGACGGUUUGCAUCUCGGGCGAAUCCACUAGCCACAAGGGAAAUUUAGAAUGGCACGCUCCCAACGGUUCCGUCAUGGAUAGUUCAUCGGUCAUUACCACUCCGAGUGACCCUGUGGUGUCUGGAAAAUGUGUUUCCAAGCAGCUGUAUAUUAAUGAUGCUGAUGAAAAGCGAAAACGUGUAGAAUGCCUCGUCAAAAUUCAACUGGCUAAUGGCUUUAACUUGGGAACUUUGGCUAGCAAGGGCAUCAAGGUCAUCAGUAAGCCUAGCAAGAAACGUCAGAGCGUUAAAAAUAUGGAACUGUGUAUACAUCACGGCACAACUAUCUCGCUAUUCAACAGAAUCCGUUCGCAAACUGUUUCUACGAAAUACUUGGGUGUUUCCACCACCAAUGGUACCCCUGUGAUGUUCGCACAGACAUCAUCAGAUUGGCCUGGAGCUGACCAUAACCAAGCACCUCCAAAUGGAGCUGCCGCUGGUAAUGGAACCUGUUUUGUCGCGAGAACUAGCUCAUGGGACCCGUUUGUAAUCUGGGUGGUCGACACUACUCGUACUGGAGAAUCCAACCAUAAUGAAGAGCCUUCCACUUUUCCUCCUCCACCCGCCAUCGCUCUUCGAAAUCCUUCCGGCAACCCUAUCCCUAUCCACUAUAAUCAACCUGUUGUCUUACAGUGUCUAUCGACUGGACUUGUUUCACCAGUUAUGGUUAUUCGAAAGGUGGACAAGGCUUCUACCGUUGUAGGUGGCGCUCGUGUAAGUGACGGUGGUCCUGGACCCAAUGGUGUUGGCUUCAUGGCUGGAGGAGAAUACGCGGAUGAGGCAUUGGGCGAUCCAGUAUCACAACUUCACAAGAUUGCCCUUCAAAUCAUUCAAGAUCCUUCCAACGCUAAUUGCCCUGUGGAUAUGCGCAGCCACCAACACCCUAAUAUGCCUCACGCAACACAACCCAUCACCUAUUUAGCAUGCUUGAAUGAUAUUGUCGGUAUGCACAAAACCACCGAGCCUCGUCAACCGUUAGCCAGUGCGAUGGCUAUGAUGAGCGAAGCCAGCUCGUCUCCUAUCCCUAUGCCCGGUAUGGCGGCAUCUUGGACCGAUGCCCAGCAAAUGUUUGGUAUUUCGUUUGGCAGCCCUACCGAUGCAUCCAGUGUAACUUCACAGGAGAAUGGUCGUGCUGUGCGCAAGCGUCGCGUCUCCUGCGACACUUCUGGCAAAAAUGUUUCCACUGCACCUCCUGGAAGCCGUGUGUCGACUUUGGCCAACAAGGGACGACGACGUGUGAACAGUCUUAACGAUGUCGCCAAUUUCAGUGGUAGCUCCGACGACAUGAGCCCAAGUGGACGUCGUGGCAGUGUCAGUAGCACUGCAAGCGGUGGUGCUGGACCUAGUCAGAACGGCGCUUUUUGGUCAGAGGACGUUACGGAUGCUGCUGUAUGGACCAUUGUUGGCACUGAUUGUGCAACUUACACCUUUUGGACUCCGCAAUCCACUUCACCUUUCUCAUCACAACACAACAGUGAAGUCGCAUCGCCCGUCACUCCGUUCCCAUCCAUUUCGCAUUUCUCUACCAGCCUUGCUCCUCAACAGCAACGUGUGAUGAAUGGCGAUAUGGGUAGCUUGACUAUCUAUGGCGAAAACUUCACGCGCGACCUAACUGUGUGGUUUGGUGAUGUCAAGGCAUCUCGUACCGAGUAUCGCUGCAGGGAGAUUCUCACCUGCUCGGUCCCUGACAGUCAAGAAUUCCACGACAGCGUGGGACUUUCGGACUACCACCAUCGACAACUUCGAACCGAUUCUUCUGGAAAGACGACGGAUUCGCAAAUUGGCUUUGUUGACCAACCACGAAAGAAGGUCCCUAUCCUUCUUGUUCGUGGCGAUGGUGUGGUCUAUCGUACCGGCAAGAUUUACGUCUUUUAAUUAUUUCGUCCUCCUCUCCAGAAGCAACCCACCACCCUUUUUUAUUUAGUUCCCCAAAAAAACACUCAUCCCAUCCCCCUUUGUCUAUAUAUUCUCCUCAAUGACAUCGUGCACCUGGCGUGAAACAACCGCUAAAGAAUCAAU